UUUAGGGUUUUGUUCCAGGCUCCCUCUUCUCCCACGGACGUGAUUCAUCGAAGUUUUGGUGUCGGAUUCUGAUCAAGUCCACUGGCGAAUUGUGACUUAGGGUUCGGGUCUUGCUCAGGAAUUUUGCUGCAUUUCUUCCCCUACGCUGCGACAGUCCGACAACACGGAGACCGUAUACCUUAAGCAAGACCAGACGUGAUUCUGGCGUGAAUUCUGAUUUUUAUUUUUAUUUUUAUUUUUAAAGUUUUCAAUAAACAAUGAACAAUAAUUUAGGUGUUUGAGUAUAGUGAGAUUUUUUGAGCUGUUCGAUGUGGUCGAAUCCUGUGCCCGAUCGAGAUUACUUAGUGUUCAGGUCUUGUAGAGCGCGCAGUUCAUAGCCUGUGCUUCGGAAACUGGUCAGGUCUUAGUGAAUCUUGAAGGCGAUGUCGAAAUCUGGCCCCGAAAAUGGUAAUGACUUCGAGUCAGGGAUCGGGGUAGAGCGAGUGGUGGAGUUGGAGUUGAAGCAGGAAUUGUAUUUGGAGAUGAAGCAGGAAUUGUAUUUGGAGAUGAAGGCUGGAAAUGAGUCGAUGCUGGUGCAGGAGCAGCCCGCACCGUCGUUCAAAGCCCUGAGGCGUCUUGUGGUGAACCCCGACGACCCUCUACCCGCUGGUCCUGUGGGGGUUGAUUACGGUGUUUUGGAGAAUGGACUUUGUUACUAUGUGCGCAAGAAUGCGAAGCCAAAGGAGCGUGCUGCCCUGGCGCUCGGGGUUAGAAUUGGGUCUGUUCUGGAGGAAGAGGAAGAGCGAGGUGUUGCACAUAUUGUAGAACAUUUGGCUUUUAGUGCCACCCGGAAGCACACCAACCACGACAUCAUUCGCUUUUUGGAAAGCAUCGGGGCUGAGUUUGGGGCCUGCCAAAAUGCGUCGACAUCACCUGAUGAGACUAUUUACGAACUCAUGGUUCCAAUUGAUAAGCCCGAAAUAUUAUCCCAAGCGCUCAACAUUCUUGCUGAGUUCAGUACUGAGAUUCGAAUAUCUGAUGAGGAUCUUGAGAAAGAAAGGGGUGCUGUUUUGGAAGAAUUGAGGGGAGGGAGAAAUGCAAUGGGUCGCACACAAGAAGCGCAUUGGUUGCUGUUGAUGAAAGGCUCUCAGUAUGCCAAUCGGCAACCAAUUGGAUUAGAGAAGGUUAUAAAAAAUGUUACUGCGUCGCGUGUCAAAGAUUUUUAUCAUCGCUGGUAUAGACCUGAAAAUAUGGCCAUUGUUGCAGUUGGAGACUUCCAUACUACUGAGAAUGUAGUGGAGCUCAUCAAACAACAUUUUGGGGAAAGAAAACCACAUGCUGUAGACAAUAAUUUUCCUACAAUUCCAGCGUUCUCUGUGCCCUCACAUGAGGAACCUCGUUUCUUAUGCUUUGCUGAAAAAGAGGCUGGCGGAUCUGCCGUUAUGAUUAGCUGCAAGGUUCCUGCAAAACAAGACACAACAAUCAAGGAUUAUCGGUUUAUGAUUGCGGAGCUGAUGUUUCAUAGCGCUUUGAAUCAAAGAUUCUUUAAAAUCUCCAGGCAAAAGAAUCCCCCUUUUUUUUACUGCAUCUCAUCCAGCGAAAAUUUGGUUCGUCCUGUAAAAGCUUAUAUUAUGACAGCCAACUGUCAAGAGCGCGGGACAUUACAAGCAUUGGAACAGAUGCUUACAGAGGUUGCAAGAGUUCGCCGGUAUGGGUUUUCUGAGCGAGAAAUAGCUCUUGUGCGUGCACCCCUAAUGGCAGAUAUUGAAUCGGCAUAUUUAGAAAGGGAUCAGAUGCAGUCUACAAAUUUGCGUGAAGAAUAUUUACAGCACUUUCUCCGAGGCGAGCCAGUACUUGGCAUUGAGUACGAAGCGCAGCUUCAAAAAACUUUGAUACCAGACAUCUCAGCAGCUGAAGUAGCAAAAAUUGCGGAGUAUUACCACGCCAAGUGUAACUGUGUUAUCAAAACGCUAGAGCCGCGUGCACGUUCAACUGAAAGAGAUUUAAAGGCUAUUUUGGCAAAGGUUCAGGCACUUGAGGGUGGAGACAUUGCUCCAUGGGACGAAGAACAUACUCCUGACUCUAUUGUGGAUAAAUUGCCAAUACCAGGUGAAGUGGUUCAAUCGAAGGAGUUUCCAGACAUUGGUGCUACAGAACUGAUAUUGAGCAACGGGAUGCGUGUUUGCUAUAAAUUCACAGAGUUUCUAGAGGAUCAGGUGCUCAUAAGUGGUUAUGCCUAUGGCGGUCUCUCUGAGGUCGACAAAAGCGAUUUCCUCUCUUGUUAUUUGGGUUCAACUAUUGCUGGUGAAAUUGGUGUUUUUGGGCACAAGCCAUCAGUUCUACAGGACAUUCUAGCAGGCAAACGUGCUGAAGUAAGUACCAAAAUAGGUGCCUACAUGCGCAAUUUUUCUGGAGAUUGUUCUCCAACUGACCUGAAUGCAGCUCUUCAGCUUGUGUACCAACUAUUUGUAGCUGAAGUUGAGCCCGCUGAUGAAGAAGUGCAACUUGUGAUGCAAAUGACACUUGAAGGGAUCAAAGCCCAAGAACGAGAUCCAUUCACUGCAUAUUCAAAUAGAGUUCGUGAACUUAAUUAUGGAAAUUCAUAUUAUUUCCAGCCAAUAACAGCUAAAGAUCUUAACAAAGUUGAUGCGAAAAGAGCUUGCCAAUAUUUCAAUAGUUGUUUCAAAGAUCCAUCUGGAUUCACCGUGGCUAUUGUUGGAAACAUUGAUAUUGAAAAAGCCUUGCCCCUCAUACUUCAGUACUUGGGUGGAAUUCCAAAGCCAGAAAUUCCGGUGAUGAUCUACACACGCGAUGAACUGUCAGCUCUCCCCUUCACUUUUCCUGCUCAAGUUGUGAGAGAAGAAGUGCGGAAGAAUAUGGUGCAAGCCCAGUGCUCAGUUCAACUUACAUUUCCGGUUCAAUUGAAAGGCCUUGAUGUGAUGGAAGAGGUCCACUACACAUGCUUCAUCUGCAAGUUGCUGGAGACCAAAAUUAUGCAAGUUUUGCGCUUCAAACAUGGCCACGUAUAUUCUGUGUCAGUGUCCGCGUUUCUGGGAGGGAGCAAGCCGUCAAGAUUUGGGAACGUUCGUGGUGAAGUUGCUGUCAGUUUCUCUUGUGAUCCUGAUGUCGCAUGGAAAUCGGUUGAUAUUGCUUUGGAUGAAGUGAAACGGCUCCAGGAGGAAGGACCAACUGCUGAAGAUGUAUCUACAAUCUUAGAGCUUGAGCAGCGUACCUAUGAAAUUGGACAGCAGGAAAACGGCUACUGGCUGGACCGACUCUUACGUGCCUACCAGUCUCGAGCCUAUUCCGGAGAUCUCAUUCACUCAAUGCAGGCUCAAGAGCAAUGGAGAAAUGCAGUGAGAUCGAAGGCAACGGCUGUGACAAUGAAAGAUGCACUUUGUCGUAUACUCCCUGUACCAUGCAAAGAGCAUUAUACUGCUGUUGCGUUAAUUCCGAGGGCUUCGCGAUGGCAGCAGCUCCUUACCAAGCUUGUUAUCACGGAGCAGGACCUAAGUGCAGAGAGCAAGGUAGCAUUAGCGGCAGCUGGAAUUGUUUUUAUUGGAGCUGCCUUUUGGAAAUAUACCGUUCGACGAUGAGGUACACCACAACAUGCGUAGUAUGCCGAACUCGUAACGCUUCUAUUUUUUCACAAGCUGUGCCACUCAACCCCUCACGUGGAUGUCAGUAUUUGCUCAUUCUCUGCUCCACUAAUAUUGGAAUCAAGCGCUGUAGGCUGUAAAAUUCUAGAUGUUUUUCAUUUGUAGCGAUACCAAUGAGCUUUGCUAAACUGUACCUUCUGUGGAGAGUCUUACAAAUUGGAGGGGUUCCGGGGCUGAUUUCUGGCUUCCAUUAGAAGAUUGACGUGUAUAGGAGUGGGUUCAAAAUAGCUGCUCCUUAAAUUUAACAUCCAGUUUUUUUUUUUUUUUUUUUUUUUUUUUUUCCAUUUUCUCUGCAAAUGUAAUUGCUGCGGAAAUCGCAUCUGUGCUAGGAAUUUAACAGCGUCUUGUAUCUUCAUCAUUUUUUGUACCUCUACGUCUCAAGAGUAAGAGGAUAAGUCAAGUUGCUCCUUCAUUGCGUUGACCUUUAAAGAGGUCUUGUUCGUUUAUAACCACUAUGUAGUGUACAUGAAACUUGGUAAUUUCAUACAGUUGUCUGCUGGAUUGUUGUAUAUGCUACAGCAUGCUAGAGAUAGAGGUCGUCCUUAGGAAUAUGGUGUGAUUUACUUAACAAUCUUCACCGAAGUCACGUAGUCUACUCUCUCAACUUGAUGAACCACUUAUUUGGGCGCCUUGCUUUUUCUUAGAUUUUUUAGAACAAGUUCAAUUUUAAUUUAAGUCAACUGCAUAGUUGCGGUACAUAAUUAAGGAGUUAUUUGGCCAUGUAUCACUUUAUUCUUGUUGUAUUGAAUUACAAUAGUUUGGACCUUA